AUGCUCCGCCCCCGCCACGGCAUUCCCUCUAUUCAAGCGCUCGCUUUCUUCAAUUGGGCCACGUUACCAUCAGAAUUGUUUGAAAUUUCACCUUUAUUGGUGGAAGCCUACAACAAAAUGAUCGAUCUUUCUGGAAAGGGCAAGGAUCGAGAGGAGGCAAUUAAGGUGCUUAAUACAAUGGUUAAGAAAGGAUGUGAGCCAAAUCCCUCUAGUUUCAAUCCAAUUUUAAGGUGCAUUGCAGAAGCCCAGGAUGUGAGUGCUUCAGGAGUUAAAUUAAUUCUGAUUUCAGUUUACUGCAAAAUGGGCCAAUGUUACAACGCAUACAAGAAUCUCAAAGAGAUGGUUGAGGAAAAGAGAUCGAGACCGGGUGUGCCAGCCUGUAAAAUGGUUUUGGAGCAGUUAAGGAAAGCAGGAGGGCACUUGCUCAUCACAGCCAACCAUCUUGUCUGUUUUGUGAAUAUGCUUCAGAAUGCCAGGCCUGCUAGGAACAUGGAUUGCCUCCAAAUAUGGUCUAAGCCCAACUACAGACGGCCUUUGUUUCCUAAUUGUGGACAGGAGAUCAAUGUUUUAAAUGCUCAAAUGCAUGUUGAGAUCGGCCUCUCAAUAUUGUCUUCUUCCGUCAUUGCAAUGGGAAUGCAUGUGAAGAUUUUUAGGAGUGAAUGA